GAGGGCUUUUCGGCCCAGCGAACCGACAUCAUUCCUUCUCCAAAUUCCCCACGCGCCAUUCCCCUCCGGUCCCUCUCCCGCUCCCCCACGCAAUCCAUCGUGUUAGAAUCCGCCAGCGAGAAAGGAAGUCGUCGCUCAUCUCAUUCCCCGACUCGUUCCGAGUCUGACUUAUCCGCUUGGUCAGACACAGUUGAUCUGGCCCAGCAACUCACUGAGGAAGAUCCUCUACAGAUCCACUUGCCCGCGUCCCUCGAUCGUACCUCGUUGAUUCACAAAGGACCACGAAACCCUUCGAAACGAGUUCAUUACCCUGAGGUCUUAGACAACGAUCAUUUAGCUCUCAAGGAGCAUAUCCGGAUCCCCAGCCCUCCACCGCGGCGGAUCUCUCGAGUGGAGCGGCUUUUGGCCACCAUUAUGUCUCCUGGGGAUAGGCAAAAUGCCCAAGUCCAUGGCUUGGUGGGCAAGCCGCUACUUUACUUUACAAGUGUAUUUGUUUCUUUAGGCGUCUUCCUGUUCGGUUAUGAUCAAGGUGUUAUGUCUGGCAUUAUCACUGGUUGUGGGAGCGUUCAUAUCAUCCCUCUUGGUGGGACGUAUCGGAGAUUUGAUCGGUCGACGGAGAGGACUAUUCUCUACGGCUCAUUGGUGUUUACCGUUGGUGGUGCACUACAAACGUUUGCCAACGGCAUGGCUAUGAUGAUGGUUGGCCGAAUUAUCGCUGGCUUAGGCGUGGGUGCUUUAUCAACGAUUGUACCAGUGUAUCAAUCGGAGAUCUCGCCCCCUCACAACCGUGGUAAAUUGGCUUGCAUUGAAUUCACCGGAAAUAUCGCAGGAUAUGCUACUAGUGUCUGGGUAGACUAUUUUUGCAGCUUUAUCGAGUCGAAUUAUUCCUGGAGAUUGCCUCUUUUUUGCCAAUGUGUCAUGGGUUUCGCACUUGCUCUUGGAAGUCUUCUCAUCUGCGAAUCUCCAAGGUGGCUCUUAGAUAAUGAUCAUGACGAGGAGGGUAUGGUCGUCAUUGCUAAUUUUUACGGAGAAGGUGAUAUCCAUAACGACAAGGCACGACAGGAGUACCGUGAUAUCAAAAUGGGUGUUCUCCUACAACGCCAAGAAGGAGAGAGAUCAUACAGCGACAUGUUCCGACGGUACUAUAAACGAGUCAUGAUCGCCAUGUCAGCACAGGCCUUGGCCCAGCUAAACGGCAUUAACGUCAUUUCAUACUAUGCGCCUCUUGUUUUUGAGUCUGCAGGCUGGGCUGGUCGAGAUGCCAUCCUCAUGACCGGUAUCAAUGGAAUCACCUAUCUCUUGUCCACCAUCCCGCCAUGGUACCUCGUUGAUGGUUGGGGCCGACGGCCCAUUCUUCUCUCUGGAGCUGUGGCAAUGAUUAUUGCUCUUUCUGCGAUCUCCUACUUCAUUUACAUUGAGAUUCCUGCCACACCAACCCUGACUGUGAUAUUUGUCAUGAUCUACAACGCCGCAUUUGGAGCAUCAUGGGGUCCUAUUCCCUGGCUCUACCCACCCGAGAUUCUUCCCUUGAGUAUUCGUGCCAAGGGAGCCAGUCUGAGUACCGCUUCCAAUUGGGCCUUUAAUUGGCUUGUUGGAGAGGUAACGCCCGUCCUUCAAAGUGUUAUUAAAUGGCGCUUGUACCUGGUCCACGCCUUCUUUUGCGCGUGCAGUUUUGUAGUUGUAUACUUUUUGUAUCCCGAAACCAGCGGCGUUCGUCUGGAAGACAUGAAUGCCCUUUUCGGAGAUGCCACCACCACCAUGCCAACCCCGGCCACUGAAGGGGAACGAGGGUCUCUCAUAGGUGCAGGAUCACCUGUUCCCUCACUUGAUAUCCGCCGACCAUAUGGCCAAUUUGGCGCCGAGAGCUCCAUCCCUGGGUUGAAUAUUGACCCACCUUCUUUCUCUCCUCAUGAGGGGCCUAGCAGGUCUGGAAAUGCUGGGUCCCACCCGGGAAGCAGUCGUGGUGAGGGAAUCGGUGGUUGGAUUUCAAAUAUGGUCAGCCGACAACGAACCAAUGCCAAUCAAAGUUAUAGUCGUCUUGAACAGGGAGACCAUGCUGAGCAAUAG